GGCGGGAAUUGUUGUCGUCGUAUUCGUCGAAGGUUCUGUAAUAUGUUAUAAUGGAGGGGGCAACCCCCGAUGCUCCUCGUCGUACACGCGCCGCUCUAGCCGAAAUCCCCGCCCGUCUAGACCGCCUACGAGUAACCCCUUUACGAACACUAACUAACACUAGAGAGGUCUCUCCCUCGCUCCCCUCUGGGUAUCUGAGCCCAGCACCGUCGCCUGAUGAACAACUUAUACAGCAGAGAGGACGAAAACGCGUUCCAGCCAAUUGGUCACCAGACAUCGAUUUAAAACGUAAUUCAACUUUCCAUUCCUCAAUUCGUACACCCCCAAAGAAUGCGUCCUCUCGCCACUCCCCUCCCAAAUUGGGCGUAACAUUAAGGUCCACUCCCAGAAAGCGUCUCCUACUUGGAGAUGUCGAACGUGUUCCCCUCACACCAGAAAAGAUCGACUUCAGCGACAUUAGUACUCCACAAAAGUUCAAAAUCACCAGCCCUGUUAAAGCCUCGCCACCCAUAAAGAGAUGCAGAUUAGAAAAGUCCUUCGACGUCGAAUACAAAGGGCCGAUAGACACAGCUCUCAAGGGCCUCAGUCCGACGCAGCUGAUUAACAUGAUUAAGAAAAUCACCUACAAGCACCCAGAAAUUGAAGACGACAUUCGAAAAGAUAUGCCGGUGCCUGAUCUGUCUCCGCUAGAAGAGAGACUUAAUUACUUAAAAUCGAACAUAUUCAAGAGUCUCCCCACAUCCAGACUGACAUCAAAGACCGAUUCACCGGCGUAUUCGAGGGUCGCGACACAUCUGGCCGCGUUCAAAAAGUGUUUGGUCGAUCAAGGGAAGGUGUUGGUCGAGUCUCAGCAUUGGGAAUCGGUGUUGGAGUACGUGUUUUUGGCGUGGAGUUACGUGCGGGCUACUCCGGUAUGGGAUAACCAGCCCCAUAAUGCGCAUAGAAAGCAAUGCUUCAAAGCAUUAACAAAUUUUUGUAUGACUGCCUUGAAAAAGGGUGAUUUUACUAAGGAUUUCCUGAUCGAUGUACAAGACAAGCUUGAGUCGAUGGAGGCGGACAGCGAAGACAUUAAAUCGAACAUAAAACAUGUUCAAGGAAUGUUGCAAGACAAUAUAGUUUAAUAUUAAUUAGGAUACAUUACUUGUGUACAACUUCCCUUUUUAUUUUAUUUUUUUUUAUAAUAAAAAAAUAAUAUACCUACAAGAAUUUUAAACCAGAAAAAAGUAGUAAUAAAUAAUGUUAAGUCAAAAAACUAAACUAAACUUUGUUCCGGAUACAAUAAAAUUGAUUAAUAAAAGUUACUUAAUUAUUUUUUUUAACGUAUUAAUGCUUUUCUUGUAUUGCUGUGUCAAUAUUCUUAAGCGAGAUAGAUAAUUGUAAGUGUACCUCAACUUUUUUUUUUAAUAUUUUGUUUUAUGAUAACUUAGAUUGUAACUUGAGGAUUAAUUUAACUCUGUGCCAAAUAUUUGUUGAUUAUUUUAUCUUCAAAUUAGUAAUACUUGUAUAUUUUGCAUACAUCAAGACUGCAUUUUAAAAAUACUUGUUAUUUGAUUGUUAAAAUAUAUUGAUAAAAAUUAGCACGAGCUCUCAGACUAUACAGAGCUGUUAAAUAAUUGAACCGAAGAUAAAAUUUUCAUGUCUGCCUUAUGGUUAAAGUGCCUUUGUAACGUUAAAUUUUUAAUGACCAAAUAUCAAUGAUAUUACGUAAUGUAUAGCGAUUAAGUAUAUUGUGGUUUCAAAUAAAUUGUGUUUUCAAUAA